AUGACAUCCUUUACUCUAUAUGGUGCUCGCGGCUCGACCUGCACUGAUCGUGUCCGUCUAACUCUCGCCGAAGGUGGCUUUACGGAUUACGAACUUGUAUUUCUCGACCUGCAAAAAGGGAUGCAAAGAUCCCAAGAACAUCUGAAACGUCACCCAUGGGGCAAGGUACCUGCAAUAACAUUUCCCGAUGGCUUUACUCUCUACGAGAGUCGUGCAAUCUGCAAAUACCUCGCAAGGAAGUACUCCUUUCCUCUUCUACCCCCGGACUCCGACAUCGAAACUGCGGCACUGUUCGACCAGGCGCAGUGCGUAGAAAUGUCCUACUUCGCAGAACCCGCAGGUAAAAUUGCAUUUGAAAAAUUUGUCAAAAGGUUUCUUGGACUUAUCCCCAAUGAAGCCGUUAUCUCAGAUGCACUGCGGUCACUCGAAAUGUUUUUCGAUGUUGCGGAAAGUCUCUUACACGACAGAGAGUACAUGGCUGGAAAUGACUUUACUCUCGUGGACAUCUACUACAUUCCGCUGAUUCAACGGCUUUUUACUUGCGGAUAUGGAGAUAUCAUCGUCAGUCGCAAAGCCGUGAAUGCUUGGUGGGAGCGCUGCGUGAAUCGGCCAGCCAUACAAAGGAUGUGGGCUGCUGACAAGGAGGCUGCGGUUUGA